AUGACCGACAUAGGACCUGCUGAGACUCCAAGCUACGGCAACCCAAACCGAAUGCACGUCCUCGCCAAUGGCGAUAUCGUUGACUGUGGGACCUGUCGUUAUGGCUCCAAGUGUCAGUUUGCACACGGUGAGGAGGAACUGCGUGGUGUACUGCGCCACCCCAAGUACAAAACCACUCGCCGCAAGGCCUAUUUGUCUACGGGCAAGUGCAUGUAUGGUUCACGAUGCCGCUUCAUUCACACUCGACACCCUGGUGAAGAAGACCAGCGGUUUGUCAACUACGGCAGCAGCGACCUUUCGAGUACUGCAAGCGAGUCAGACGAUCAGGAGACGCAGUCGGAAGGAUUUUCUCUCGUGAACCCGUAUGGCAAUGGGCUGGAGCCGAUCGACCUGUCCCAGCCGUUUGGCGGCUUCAAUCAGCCAAUGUCAUUGGCACCCCUGUCUGGCCUGUCGCCGCCUAAGCCGGAGUUUGAUUCCUACCUAAGCCAGCACUCGUUCCUCGAUUAUUCGUUCCAAAGCAGCGACCUUGAAAUUUUGACUUGCGCAGCAGCAUUUCAAGUUGCUGCAGUGCCGAGGCUUGCACAGCAAUUCAACGCUCUGGAUCGUCGUGGCUUCUUCAAUGAUGCUGUUGGAUCUCAGGCUUUUGCGACGAUUCGGGUAGUGAUUGUCCCGCUUGUUUUAUCCAAGGUGAAGUCGUUUCCCGCCUUGUCGACGUUCAGCCAACUUUUGUGCGGCAAUACAGCAGUAUCAAUACUGCAUUCGGCACCUAUCGUCGGCGCUGGCAAUUUUUGCACUGCUUACGUCACACUCACUACAUGGCGAUUACGUAAAUACUGUCACGAGAAGCGAAUUCGUCGCCACCUCUGUUUCAACGGUCUUCAUUAUUACGAUGGGUCUGGCGCGCGCAGUGGACAUCUUUCGCCUUGGUUCGGUUCUUGCCUACACGUGAUCGUUGCCGUGCCGACAUAUCAAGCAAGACGUCUAUUUGAGCACCAGCUGUAUUUUGUCAUGGCGUUCAGUGGAAUCAUAUUCAUUAACGUGCUUAAUGCUCAGCUUCUCCUCCAUGUUUGCAAUGCUUAUCAAAAGGACUAUUCUACUUUACUCAUUUCGUCGUCUUCCAUUACGAAAUCGUCCUGA